AUGUGGUCAGCGAUUUGGAGUAUCCAUCCUGGUAUAGCAAAGUGUAUUACAUCUUCAACUAUAAUAAUCUGUAUUCUUCAAUUUUUCGGUUUUGCUAUCAAUCUAGUUCACUUAUCUAUUUUGAGCCGUCCACAAAUGCGAUCUAAUUUAGUUUAUCGAUUAAUGAUAGGAAUAUGCAUCUGCGACUUAUUGACCCAAGUUAAUACUUUUGUGCUAUUCACUCCGUUUUGGAUACGCGACUCAUCAAAGCAGGAAGAAACAUGUACCAGGCGUUAUGUAUAUUUUGAGGCAUUUUUAUAUUUGCAUGGUAUCUCUCUACUCGAUAUCACUCAAAGAGGCGCGUCCUGGAUGGCUCUUUUCAUGGCGUUGAAUAGAAUGCUAUCGGUAAAGUUCCCGAUGAGCGUGCGGAUUCAGAAAUUGACUAAACCUGUAGCUGCAUUUCGGACUAUUCUUGGUGUGUUGAUAUUCACUUCUUUUACAACUUGGAUGGUCCAAUCAAGAAGGAUCAUCGCUGAGUACGAUUGGGACUUUGACUGCAACAACAAUGUGAUUCUAUUAAACGAUACAAACGAAGUCCGUUACGCACAUUAUAUACCCGAUGAGGAUGCAGAAAUUCAGGUCAAACUUGUCGCAGUUUACGGAUUCAUAAAACUUCUUCCUUCAUUGAUUGACCCAAUCCUUACCAUUUUCCUGAUUCUCGAGCUAAAAAAGGCAUCUAAAAGACGGAAGGAUUCUGGAAUUCGUGAGAAUGAUAAAACUGAAAACACCACAAAACUGAACAAUUAUGGUACUUGUUCCGGUUUUCGCAGAAUGCCUUCCUAUCAUAAACUCCUCGACUCAUCUUUUCAUAUGUCUUUUGAUGUCUUCUCAGUACCGGACGACCGCUAA